GAGACCUUAGUUCACUCUCUCAACUCCUCAGCGGGGGCGGGGAAGGACAGAGUUGUUUAUCUGUUAAAAGGAGGGAGGAGAAGGAACAUAACAGAAACCAAAAGGAGCCAUUGCCUCUCCCCAAUUCAUUAUUAAAAAUAGAUGUGGCGAGCACAAUAAAGGCAAGGCUUAAUCCAUUGUUAUCCUCAGUGGGGCUCUUGUAUGCCCCAGAGCUUGCCCUCCCUUGAAGUAGAAGCAGGAGAGUAAACACCUUGGCAGUAACAGGAAUCAGAAAACGAAACCAAGGCUGUCGUUUCGCCCAGGGAGAGGCAGCCAUGGCAGCAGGAACCCCUGAGAAGCAGCUUCGCGAAGAAGUGACUUGCUCCAUCUGCCUGGACUACUUCGAAGAUCCAGUGACUACAAACUGCGGGCACAGUUUCUGCCAAGCCUGCCUGAGAGAAGGGCGGGAGAAGAACCCCUUUUGCCCUCAGUGCAGAGCAGCCUUGAAGCCACGGCAAUUCAAGCCCAACAGGAAAUUGGCAAACUUGGUCGAAAUAAUCAGGAAAAUUGAGGAGGGGAAAAACGCUGAGCAGUGUAAGGGGGACCAGGAACCCUGCAAACUCUUUUGCAAGGAUGACCAGGUCCUCAUAUGCGUGAUCUGCAACCUAUCCAAGGAGCACCGAGAUCAUCACGUCGUCCCUGUGCAGGAGGCUGCCCAGGAGUAUAAGGGGAAAAUCGAGGCCCAGCUCCAGACCCUGGAGAAAAAGAGAGAAAACAUUUUGCACCGGGAACAGGCUGAAGAUGAGAAGAAGCAGAAAUAUUUAUCACAGGUGGGAGUGGAGAAACUCAAUAUCAGGUGUGUUUUCAAGCAAAUGCAGAAGUUCCUUAAGGAAAACGAGCGCCGUUGGCUGGCCCAGCUAGGAGAUCUGGAGAGAGAGGUUGAGAAGACAUGGAAAGAAAAUGUUGCCAGCCUCUCCGACGAGUCUUUCCGCAUCAACACGCUUAUCAGCGACAUGGAGAGGAAGAGGCAGCAGCCAGACAGCAAAUUCUUGCAGGACAUAAAAAAUACCCUGAGCAGGUAUCAGGAGGGGCAACUGAGGCAGGUGGUGGAGCUUUCUCCAGGGCCUGAGGAAGGACUCAGAAGUUACUCUCAUAAAAGUCUGGUUCUCAAAAAGGUCAUGGAAGAAAUUGAAGAGUCUUUGGAAGAAGCACUGAGCAAAGAGCCGGCAAAGGAAACGAUGAGCAAAGUGAACGUGAUUCUGGAUCCCGACACGGCACACCCUUUCCUGGUUCUCUCAGAGGACCUGACCAGCGUGAGAUGGGAAGACGGAUAUUGGGGCCUGCCCAAGAACCCCGGGAGAUUUGACAGGGAAUUCUGUGUGCUGGGCUGCGAGAGAUUUGUGUCAGGAAGACACUGGUGGGAAGUCGGGGUGGAAGAGGAGGAAGGGGCAAUGUGGGCCUUAGGGGUGGCGCGAGUUUCCCUCAGGAGGAAGGGGUGUUUCAGCUUCAGUCCAAAGGAAGGCAUCUGGGCUGUGGGGAAGAGACCACACAGCCCGCCUUGGCCUUGCCAGCUGUUUGCUUUAACUUCCCCUGAGUGGACUCCUUUGGCCUUGAGCCGUGAGCCCAGGAAGAUCCGGGUGUCCCUGGACUAUGAAGGGGGCCAGGUCAACUUUUUUGAUGCCGAUUCAGGUGGCUUGAUCUUUGCUUUCACUUCAGCCUCAUUCUCCGGGGAGAGGAUCCUGCCCUUUUUCCAGGUGGUCUCAGGGGUCACAAUGAAUUGCUGAAUCUUGAGGGGAAUCCUCAUUUACACCACACACACCACCAUUUAUGGAGGCCCUGUCGACUCCAAGCAUUGAGGUGGGGAAUCUGUCGCCCCUCCAGAUGCUCCCAUCAUCCCUCAUGCUGGCUAGGAGCUGGUGGGAACGAUGACCAACAUCUGUGGUCAUCUGAGGUUCCCCACCUCAGAUCUUUGCUGAAAUAUACUCGGAGUCGAGAGUGGAUUUCAUGCUCUUUAUUCAACUCAUAGUGGUGAGGAGGAAUGGAAGUUCCCCCAGAAUGUCUGCUUUAUAUACAUUAUUUACACAAUGGGCCCCACGUGAUUGGCUAAUUCCGGGAUUCACCUGUAGGCCAAUCAGGUUGCGGAUUCACUUCCACCUGCAGCUGGAUUGGGUGGCUCCUGUGGACCAAUCAGACUGCUGCAUUCUGAAUCCUAUUGUUCUAGGACCAAUCAGGCUGCUGCCUUUUGGAUCCUAUUCAACUCAGUACAUAACAUAUGCUUUUCUCAGGGCCAAGCAAGAGGCUACAGUCUGGGCCCCUCAGGGCAACACAUUUAUCAAGCAUUCGCCCUCAUUUGCUUACAUAGAGGUUUGGCUUUAUCUAGUCUUUCCCGAAUAUUCAUUCUGCUUUGCUGGUGUGGCAGUUAAAUGACAGACAGACGUUUGUUCUGCGUUCAUCCACACCCUGGUUGGAUGGGGUACAAAACCCCUUCAUUGAUUAUUCGGAUGAACACUUUAGUCUUAACCGAUUGAAUAUUUGCUGUAUUUUUUGUCUUUAAACCUUUCACAAGUCGCUUUAUGGCUCUUUCGUUUCAAAAGGCGAUGGAUAAAUAAAUAAAUAAAUCUCCUUACUUGCUUUCAGA